UGAAGUCCUAUUUAAAGUUUUUUGUGGUCCCUUGAUUUGUUCAGGGUGUGUGAAUGGACAACCAGAGGGAAACAGACGUCCAAUAUUGAUUUUAUUAUUGAACAUUUAAUUCAGUUCUCUAGUGUGAUGUGCGCCCUUUGGCUCUAUUCUCUUCCUAUCAGCAGAGAAGUAAAGUAAAUAUCAAGUUCACCUCGUAAAUCCCAGACACAUGCGCGCGUCGUGGAAAACUCGUCGCUUGUGGCUUGGGAACGCCCGUUCACCGGGAGCGCAUAACCGAGCGCAAUAGGCUUGUCGAUCUGUGACAUCACUGUAUGAAGCAGCCCACUGAAGGCUGGAGUUUAGAUGAUGCACAAAGAAAGAAGUCACUUUUCCACGGUUCUCCUGACUGACACGCGCUCAAUCUGGAAAAUUCCUCUUCUAAUCUGACUUGACGAGUUGGAUUCGCGAGUUUGGAGCCGUUUGUUUUACUCACGCUUACAGAAUUAUACUGGAUUUCAACUAUGACUACCAUUAAGCCAUAUUGCACGUCGUUCCAGUCUUUUUCUUUCGAAUCGGCGAUGUCAGUCUGAUCCAAAAUGAAGUUUGGGAAGAACAUAUGUAUCCUAAACGUCGGUGGCACCAAGUACGCGUUCACAAGAGAAGUUAUCAAGGAUUUUCCUCUGCGAAGAGUGAGCAGACUCCACAGCUGUUCUUCAGAAAAGGAGGUUUUGGAGGUUUGUGAUGAUUAUGACCGAGAAAGGAACGAGUUUUUCUUCGACAGGCACUCGGAGGCGUUUGUUUUCAUCAUGCUUUACGUUCGUUCGGGAAAGCUCAGGUUUGUCCCGCAAAUGUGCGAGCUGUCUUUUUACAACGAGAUGAUUUACUGGGGUCUGGAGAGCUCACAUUUGGAGUUUUGCUGCCAGCGACGACUGGAGGAUAGGAUGUCUGACACAUACACUUACUUUUCUGAGGACGACAUGAAGGCAGAAGUGGAGUCUAGAGGUGAGGAGGAGCAGGUCAGCAGGUUCGCACCCGACAGAGGAAGCGCGCGGUGGCUGGAGAGGAUGCGGAGGACUUUUGAGGAGCCAGCCUCUUCCAUCGCUGCGCAGAUCCUGGCAUCAGUGUCAGUGGUUUUUGUCAUUAUGUCUAUGGUCAUUCUCUGUGCGAGCACUCUGCCGGACUGGGAUACAGCAAAAAACAAUACAGUGGAAGAACACAGGAUCAUCGAGGCAGUUUGCAUUGGCUGGUUCACCGCCGAAUGCAUAGUGCGUUUCAUCGUCUCGCGGGACAAAUGUGAGUUUGUGCGCCGCCCCCUUAACAUUAUUGACCUGCUGGCAAUCACCCCUUACUACGUGUCUGUGGCAAUGACAGCGCUGACUGGAGAAAACCCUCAGCUACAGCGAGCAGGAGUCACCCUGCGCGUGCUGCGAAUGAUGCGCAUCUUUUGGCUGAUCAAGCUAGCGCGUCACUUUCUGGGAUUGCAGACGCUAGGACUGACGCUGCGCAGGUGCUACCGUGAGAUGGUCAUGCUGUUGGUGUUCGUCUGCGUGGCCAUGGCCAUAUUCAGCGCUCUUGCACAGCUGCUGGAGCACGGCCUUGACCUGGAGACUAGCAACGAGGACUACGCCAGCAUCCCGGCAUCCUGCUGGUGGGUUAUUAUCUCCAUGACGACCGUCGGCUAUGGAGACAUGUAUCCCAUCACCAUUCCGGGACGCGUGCUGGGUGGUGUGUGCGUUGUGAGUGGCAUUGUGCUGCUGGCUCUGCCCAUUACCUUCAUCUACCACAGCUUCGUGCAGUGCUACCACGAACUCAAAUUCCGCUCAGCACGCUGUGUGCGAAGUCUCUCCUCUGAGUUUCUCAACUGACCGUAGCAGAGUCCGUCCUGAGAUCCUCCGAACCCGCUGGUCUUCAGCUGGGCAACGUCACCUGCUCUUCUGUGCCUUUAUUUUUUUACUAAGAUCUAAAGUGAAAAUGGGGGAAAAUCAGCAUUUAGAAUUUCCGUGCGAACCUUUUCAAUCCAAAUAAUAACAUAAGUACCUCUAUACUCAAGGACACAUUGUUGAAUCUGGAACAAUUUGAGACAAAAGGCCCCGAUAUACAAAGGGAGUGACUAUCUUUUUCAUCUUCUGCAUGAAAUCUAAAUUUACUAUGUCUAUUUUGCUGGUGCACAUAUUUAGUCUUAAGGUGAACAGUUAAUUCACACAAACUAAUCCACUUAAAAGUUUGUUUUGGUAAUCUUAAAACACAAUUUUACACUUUUUAUUAUUAUUAUUAUUAUUAUCACAUAUGCUAAACAUUUUCAAUAAAAAGCAUGACAAAUCUUACAAUAUGAUAUUUACAUUUUAGCAUAAAUCAUAAAAGUAAAAUAACAGAGAGAAAAAACUAAGAACAAGAGUGGGUAUACAUAGCAAUUACCAUAGAGGAGUUUUUGGAGUAUAUUUACAGUUCUGGUUGCUUUACGACUUGAAAGUCCUUUAAGAUUUUUAAAAUCAUUUUUUAAAUCAGCCUUAAAGAGGGGGAUAUUAGGCAUCCCUUCCGACCAUUUACACUUGUGUAUUUAAACUUGCCUAAUAAUCUCAAAAGAUUUAACAUAAGCAACAGAUUCUUAUCUAUAUCUUUUUUUUGUCUACUUAAAAAAUAGCACCUCUUUUCUUUGUAUUAAUUCUUUGAUCACUCAGUAUAUUAAAUAGACAUUCAACAUCAAACCAGAAAUAUUAUUUGCUUCCACUCUGGAAUGGCAAUCAUUCUCUGAUGACAUCAGUUUGACGGGUGGGGCAAAAUUGUCUUUGCCACGCCCCUCCAAUCCUUAGUUUCUUGCCGAGGAGUUCCUUCAAAGGAGGAGCACAAAAAUACAUGUUCAGUAUUCCAUUUUUGUUGGAAAUUUGUUAUCAUACUGAGGUAAACUAUUUUAAGAGGAAAAUUUGAAGUUCAAUGUUUAUUUGCAGUGUUAUAUUGUUCUGCAUAAUAAUAUACACUAUCGGUCAAAAGUUUGAGCUCAGUUUUUUUUAAAGAAAUGUAUUCUGUUCAUCAAG